GUGAAAUGUAGAGAGGAUUCGAGGAAUGUCGUGUUUGGCGUUUUCUACUUUAGUCAUUACCCGUAAGGCCGUAACUCGUAAAACGUUACGUAUAAUAUAACUAUGUAAGUACGUGCCACUGGUGCAACCGGUAUGUACUAUGUUGUAGACAGAAUCUGAUGUGUAGACUGACCACUCGGAAGUCACAUUAUGACGCUGAUUUAAUCAAAAUAAUAUUGAACCUAUAUUAUGUUCAAUGAUGUUGAUUUAACCACAGAAUAGAUAAAAUCUAUUCUGUGAUUUAACUGGCAUUGAUUUAAUUAUCAUGUUUUAUGUGAUGAUAAACUGCGACGAAAGUUUUUCUAAACAACGUUUUAUGCCUGCAUAUAGAUAAAUGUAAAAUGUCUGCCUUUCCACAAGUUGAGGGUUAUCAAAUAAUCAAAAAUAUUGGAAAAGGAAGCACGUCAACUGUAUAUCUAGCUCACGUAAAGGAGAAACCUAAAAGUAUGGUUGCUAUAAAAGUUAUUGAACGCAGUAAAUUGUCCAAGAGUGCGGAGGACGCCGUAGUAACUGAAAUAGGGGUGAUGAAAAAAUUUAAACAUAAACAUAUUGUUCAAAUGAUUGACUUUAUAUGGGAUCGUAAAAAUAUUUACAUUAUUUUGGAGCAUUGUGAUGGUGGUGAUUUGUCAACAUUUAUUAAACAACGCAAAAAACUAUCUGAAAAAAUAUGCCGUAAAUUCAUGCAACAAUUAGCAUUAGCUUUACAGUUCUUAAGAUCUCAUAAUGUUUGUCAUCUUGAUCUCAAACCACAGAAUCUACUCUUAAUGAGGUCACCACAACUAACUCUGAAAGUUGGAGAUUUUGGUUUAGCAAAUUUUAUGAGUGAAAAAACUCAAAUGGAAAAUAUUCGUGGUUCACCUUUAUAUAUGGCUCCUGAAAUGUUACUACUCAACCGAUAUGAUGUUAAAGCGGAUCUUUGGUCAGUUGGAGUGAUUGCAUAUGAAUGUAUAUUUGGACGUGCUCCAUAUGCUUCAGAUUCUAUUAAAGACUUAUGUGAGAAGGUUAAAAGAGUCUCACCAAUAGAAAUACCACCUAAUCAAGUCAGUCCAGAGUGUAAAGAUUUAUUAUUAGGUCUACUUAAACACAAUCCAUCUGAGCGUAUGAGUUAUCACCAUUUUUUUAAGCACCCGUUUGUAGACUUAGAUCAUUUGCCUACUACUGAAUCAUAUACUAAAGGGCUUGAAGCUAUUCACCAAGCAGUAAAACUAGAUUCUGAAAAGCAAUAUAAAGCAGCAUUUAGUAAAUAUUGCACAGGUCUACAAUAUUUGAUUCCUUGUUGUCAAAACGAACCUGAUAAAAUUAAAAAAGAAGCAUUUCAAAUAAAACUGAAUGAGUAUACUAAACGUGCUGAAGAAUUGAAAGCCACUUUAUAUGUUUCAAAGAUCAAAAUAAAUAGUGAAGAAAAAACAGACAAAUCUUCAACAUCAUAUGAUGAUGACCGUUAUCCAACAUUAACAUCGUUAUGUCAAAACACACCUCAAUUAGCUAAUGCUGUAGAAAUUGCACUAUCUGGUCAGAUGUAUUUAGUUGAAGGACAAUAUGAAGCAGCCGUUGAAAAGUAUAAAAUUAGUUUGAAUUUGUUGGAAAAGCUUUUGGAAAAAGAACCUCCGGGUAUUCGUUAUAAUUUACUUAUCAAACAGGUGACUGAUUGGACAAGUCAGUGUGAAAAUGCUAGGUUACUAUUACAGUCUAAGGAUGACAAUGUUAAUGAUCAACUGGUUGAUGUUCCUGAUGGAUUUUCUCCAAUAUCCAAAGGUAAUUGCCUGUUAAUGAGUUGCACAUGUUUGAUUUUAUGUGUUGGCAUUGUUUGUAUGUCAAACUUGAAAUUAUUUUAGUUAAAUUUAAUCAAUGCUAUCUGUGAAUUAAGAGGGUACAACAGUAAUUAUUUUUAAGAUUUUGGUGUAUGAGUUGUUUUCAAAACAUUGAGUAAAAUUCAAAUUGAAGAAUAUUGCAACAUUUAAUGAAAAUUGUUGAUAAUUUUCAUAAUGUUAUUAAACUAUUAAUUUGAUAGCUGAUUGCUGCAUAGUCAUAACAUUUUUGCUUGGCGAAUUGACUCAUAUAGUCAUAUUUAUUUCAAUAAACAGAGUAUUAAUUUAUAACUUUAUUGUUACCAAUUAUUGAAUUAUAUGGUGAUAAGUGGUUAUAAUUAACAGACAACUGUUGAUUUAAAUUACUUUUCAAGUCUAGAACACACCUUUAGUUGUUAUAAAAAGUUACUGUUGCAUUUUCUUAAGCUUAAGAUUUGCUUAAUAUUUUGUUAUAAUAUUUCUAUCAAGAAGACUGAAAAUCAUUUUAAAUUGUAAAAAUGUAAAUAAUUGAUGCAAAUUUUAUUUAAUAUUUUACAAAUAUGUUCAAUGUCUAUUAAUGUUCAUAAUGUAUAAUUCAUUUAAAAAUUCUUUGUUAUUUUUGU